GAGUGAGCCAGCCACGCUAGCGUUUCCUCCCCACUCCUCCCAACACCAUCUACCGGACCUAAGCUUUGCCAUGUUGCUACCACUUCUGGGAGCCUGUGCCGUGGUGGGCCCAUUCCAGGGCCCUGAGUGGGAGCCAGUAAGAGGCCUGCUGUCCCAGGAUCAAAGCUGCAGGGAUCCCCGGUGCUGUGGUAACCUGCUCGUCUUCUGCCUCUUUCUGAUCUGGCAGAUCCAACAGUAUUGGUACCGGGUCUCCAGGACCAGCAAGAGGAAUGCCAUCAAGGUGCCGCCGCAGAGAUGGGAAGUGUCCUCCACCAGAUGUGAAACUUUCUUUGGGAUGAUUCACAAAUUCUUUACUCAUGGAAAAAUCAGAGACCUGGAUGUUCCUGUCCCACAAUGGACACAGAGGCAGAGAUGGGGGUACAGGAAGAGCCUCAGACAACAAUGGGCCACCCAGUACCUGCUGUCCCCACAGAACUCAGGCCAAGACCUGCCUUGGGUUGUCCACAGCUCUUCUGAGCCCAUGAUUUGUACCCCUUCCUUUUCAAGCACUUGUCUUCUCCCCCAGGACAGUUCUUGGGAGGUAUGGCAAGUCCCCUGGUGUCCCAGCAGUAGCCAGGCCCACCCUUCCCUGGACAUGUGCCGAAGAAAGGAGCAGCGGCUGGCUCCCUCCCUGGAGAAGCUGGUGUCCAUGGAGCCUGUGAGCCUGAACUACAACCCCAGCUCCACGGCCUUAGCCAUCUCUCUCCCAAACUUCCCUUUAGUUCAGAGGUCAAAGUUCUGCCUCAGGCGGCUUCUGCCUGGUCCUCUUAAGCAACACUUGGAAUCACCCACCAAGAAGUCCCUGGAUAGCCCACAAGAUCCCUUAGAACCAGAAGGUGAAACUCAGACUGUAGGCAGAGAAUAUAGUGAAGACACUCGACAAUGCACAGACCAGAGAAAGAGCAGAAAGGAGGUUGCUUCAGAAAUACAAGCAUCUGGAGGCCCCCUCCUCCCUAUGGACUUUGGAAUGGAGAAGGGUGGAGAGGCUAAGGCCCUGGGGUGCGGAAACCCGAGACCAGUAAGAAGAGAAACUGAUGGAGAGAUCUCAGUGCCAGAGCGGGAGAAGCAAGACCAAAUGGGAACUGAAGAUAGAGAACUAUGGAAGAAAACCCAGAGGGAGCCUGGAGACAGGAAUCCUUCCACCCAGGCUCAUAUGGGAGAGAAUCAAGAAGAGGUCAGAUGCAAAACGGACACAGCAACUCAGACACCAGAGUGGGGGAGCCAGGAGGAUGCUGUGGAGGCUCUGGCUCGGGGGAAGAAGAAUGAGAAGGAAGCUAGAGGGAAGGAGGAGGCAGAGGUCCAGGAGCAAGGACUGGAGACACGGAGCGGGACUGGAAGGAAGAACAGUGAGGAUUCCCAAAUGCUAAAUCCGGGGACACGCGACCCGAUCGGAGGUAAUACCGGUACAGAAACCGAGGCAGAGGAAGGAGGAAACAAGGGCCAGAUGGGAAGUGAGGAUGGUCUGAAAAUCCGGACAUCUGGGAGGGAGAACCGGAGAGAAAUCAAACAGGACAGUGAAGAGACCCGGGCCCUGGAGUGGGAGAAACACGGAUGGGUUAGAACUCAGAAUGAGGUCCAGACUCCAGCAGGGGAGGGGCGAGGAUGGAGCGGAAGCGAGAACGCCAGGAAGACCCAAGCACUGAAGAAAGAGGACCAGAACCUGUCGAGAUGUGAAGUUCAGGUGGGAAUGAAGAAGCUCAAGGAGAUAAGAGAAGAGGACUGGGUGGUGAUCCAGGCGCCCUGGUGGGGAAACCAGAGACUGGUGCUGAUUGCAAUCGACAGAGGACUCAGGAUAUCAUGUUGGGGAAAUCAGGGUCAGAUUGGAGGGGAACACACUGCAGGAAUUCGGGCCCUGGAGAGUGACCGAAGACAAGAUGGAGAUGAUGGGACAAAUAACCUGCCACCCGAGGCUGAGCCUCAGGGUCAACUAAGAGGUAAGACUCCUCUGGAGACUCACGCAGGAGAGAGCAAGAAUGAGGAAAAGACUGAAAAGGAAAGUGGCAUGGACAAGCUGGGACCAGGGAAGAGAAACCAGAGAGAAGCUGGAGGUGACGUUGAUGUAAAGACCCAGAGACCCGAGAGCAAGAACCAGGGACAGUUGACGGGAACCAGAGGAAGCCGGUCUACAAGGCGGAGGAGCUGGGGACAGGCUAGAGGAGAGAAGGCUUCAGAAAAUGGGGCCUUGGAGAAGAAAACCUGGGGCAAGGCUGGAAGCGAGGAUGGUAGAAAGAUCCAGAGAGCCAGGAGGAAGACUCAGAGGGUGCUAAGGAAAGUUAACGGAAAGACCUACUUGUUAGAGUGGAAGACCCCGCAGAAAUUCGGAAAGGGGAAUGAUGCAGGAGUUCAAAAACAAAGGAAGAGAAACUUGCGAAACUUCACAGGUGAUGGUGGCCCAGAGAGCCGAGCCUCACUGGGAGAGGACCGGAGACAGUCAGUGGGCGAAAGUGAUGGAAAGAUUCAGACCCAGGGACAAAGAAUCCAGAGCAAGGGUAGAGCUGUUGCUGCCGAAAACCAGGAUGUAGGGGCCCAGAGAAAAUGCGGAGCUGAGGAGUCUGACCAGUCUCAUACGUGGAGGAGGGGAGACAAGGAGCAGGUCAGAAGAAAGGAUGUUGUCAGGUCCAGUCUUCAAGGUGACUCUUCUGUGAGAGAGGGGCCCACAGGCACGAAGCACAGCUUGGCUCAGCCUGCUUCUCUCCUUUUUAGACACGGAACCCCUAGACACCAGCAGCCAGUUGCUGGAAAUGAUAUAGACUCUGUUCCCUGUCCUGAAGAACGUCUAAGCAGGCAGAGCCCGGUCCCUGCCCGGAAGCACAGAGGCGGGGUCGGUGGAAGCUCCCCGAGGGCUCAACCUGGGGCCCAAAGAAGCCAAGAAAGGGACAAAAGGGUGGAACCAGCAGGGGCUCCCAGCCUGACAUGCCAGCCCCUCCACCCACAGUCUCAGCCAUCCUCUGUCUUUCCCUCUCUCCUGUGUCCCCAAGUCUGCCAAGCUGCCGCGGCUCCGGCAAGCAUACCCGUAGUUCUCACCGCUCUGUCCAAACGGCCAGCCCUCAAGAAAAGCAAACAUCUGCUCCUGGAGUCCCUCAUGAAGAGGAGGAUUGCACACCUGAGGUGGGGCCUCCCUCGACGAAUCCUGGAGUCUUACGUGCUUUUUCACUUUUUAGAGUCUUGCGCUUUGCCCCGGGCUGGAGUGAGGCUGCCUGGAUCGCGCACAGACCAGGACCGCCAAAGGCAACAGGAACAGCACUGUGAGCCCCAGGGAUCCCUGCUAAGGCCCGAGUCUCCAGGCAGGUCUCAAAGCCGUCCAGGUCCUGAAAGGAAAAGCUCAAAACUUUCUACCCAAGUCCAGGCUCUGGAGAAGGGUAAGCCACCCAAGUCAGAGCCAACGCGCAGCUCCGUUCCGCCUAAGAAACCCAGGAGAAUUAGGCCACCAGGGGGUGCAAGAGAACCACAGAUCCAAGAGGAGGCCCCGAAGGACAAGAAUCCUGCUCCGAGGAUUCUCAGGCCAGCAGCAGAGUCUAGGAGCUGGUGUGGCCCAGGACAGGUCCAAGAGCUUUCCAGUGAGAGCAGCAGGGGCAGAAAAAUGGUCAGGCCUGGAGUCUCCCAUGUGGAAGAGAAGGCUUCCAGCAGAGUGAGGGCCCCAUCCUGCACAGAAGGCCACAACCACUGGAAGAAGGAAUGCGUACCAAGGGAAGCCUCUGAGCUCCCCAGACUCAAAUGUCAGCAGUCCGCACACUUGAGAAGCGGAAGCGUGGGACCUGCAGAGGACACAGGGGGCUGGCAGCCGCCUGUCCGCUGUUCUACACAUGCCUCCGGCUUCAAAGGGAAUGUCCACUCUGCCACAGCCCGGCUGAGCAUGACAAUCUUGAGCAAGAUGCCAUGGUCACCGCAGGUGGCUAAGCCUCAGCUUUCAGCUCCUUUUCUUACCCCGAGGAAUCCUACCCCACUUCCCAAAGCGAGUGCCCCAUCUACAAAGGAGGACAACACCAGAGUCCCCACUGCCUUGGAGAAGGACCUCGAGCCACCAGGACAUGGCUGUACAGGAGUAAUUGUCCCCAAGAUGGAGAGCUACAAGGAACACGAGGCGCCUGGGAACCCAAAUGGGGCACCCCGAAAUCCAGCAGUCUCACAGAAGUUUGGUUUUAUGAGGCACUUGAGAUUCUUUCUCAGACAGUAUGGCCUUAAAAAGUAGGCCGCAGGCCCAGAGUCCUUAGGGCACAAGUCAGAGAAAACAUGAGAGUGACCUGUUAGUCCCAGAGCCUCUAAUAAAAUUGAUUAUUUGGACCCCGCAGGGCUGCA